AUGAGCUGGGGGAAUCACUCACUGCUGAUGGAAUUUGUGUUCCUGGGCUAUCCCUCCCACCCAGACCUGCAAAUCCUGGCCUUCCUCGGAGUCAGCCUGGUUUAUACCUUGGUCAUCACAGGCAACAUCCUCAUUGUAGUGGCCAUCCAGACAGAAGUCAGGCUGCACACACCCAUGUACUACUUCCUGGGUUGCCUCUCCAGGGUAGAAGUAUGCUACACCACUGUAGUGGUGCCCCACAUCCUGGCCAACAUCCUACAGACAGAGAAGACCAUCACCCUACUAGGCUGUGCCAUUCAAAUGAUUUUCUUCAUUGGACUUGGAAGUGCCGAUUGCUUCCUCUUGGCUGUCAUGGCUUAUGACCGCUAUGUCGCUAUCUGCCAUCCCUUGCAGUACCCCCUCAUCAUGACUUCAACUCUGUGUGUUCGCUUGGUUGUGGCCUCCGUGGUGGUUGGCUUGUUCCUGUCUGCACAACUGGUGGCUUUCAUCUUCUCCCUGCCCUUCUGUCGGGCUCGAGGCAUCCAGCACUACUUUUGUGACAUACCACCGGUGAUGCAUCUUGUUUGUGCCAAAAGUCACAUCCAUGAGCACUCGGUUCUGGCGGCAGCCACCAUGGCCAUCGCUGUGCCUUUCAUCUUCAUUGCCACCUCCUAUGCCUUCAUUGUGAGCGCUGUGCUCAAGAUCCACUCAGCAGCUGGCCGCCACAGGGCCUUCUCCACCUGCUCCUCCCACCUCAUGGUGGUCCUGCUGCAGUAUGGCUGCUGUGCCUUCAUGUACCUGCGCCCCAACUCCAGCUAUGACCCCAAGCACGAUAAGUUCAUCUCUCUGGUGUACACACUGGGAACCCCACUACUCAACCCACUUAUCUACACCCUGAGGAAUAAUGAGAUGAAAGGGGCUAUAGGGAGAAUUCUUAUCAGAAAUUUCCUCUUACAGAAAAACCCCAGUGUGUAG